GGAGCUCCGUCGGCGUUGAAGCCAGCAGCUCUCUCUCUAUCCCGUCUCCAAUCCUCCAAGAACCCUAAAACCAGACACUCUCUGGCUUCAUUGGCUGUCUCGGCGCUUUAAGAGCCUCGAGAUUUGUCGGAUAGAGAUCUGGGCUUCGGCUUGGGCCACCGGGGGCGUCUCGUGGCGGGUUCUUGGACGAAUGCCUGGGUUUCGGUGAGAAAUUUCCAGGAGAGGAAGCAUUGUUGACGUCCAACACUUGAAAUCCCCAUUCAUUUUCUGUUUGCCCAUUCCAAGAAACUAGCCAUGGAUUAUCUCAAUUGCAGAUACUUCUCAGUUCCUUUCCUUUUCCUUCUCCUGUGCUUUCCCUCUUCAGCCACUGGUGACUUAAGAUCUGAUAAGCAACUUCUCCUUGCUUUUGUUGAUGCAGUCUACCAUCCCCCAAAACUCAACUGGAACUCCAACACCUCACUCUGCUCUUCUUGGAUUGGGGUGACAUGUACAGCAGACCAAACUCGUGUCCUUGCACUCAGGCUACCAGGGGUUGGGCUCUCUGGCCUGAUCCCUGCAAAUACGCUCGGCAAGCUUGAUGCCCUCCAAGUCUUGAGCCUCCGAUCCAACCGUCUGUCUGGAAAUCUCCCAUCUGAUAUCAUCUCACUUCCUUCCCUGCAGAAUCUUUACCUUCAACACAAUAAUUUAUCUGGAGAUAUACCAGCUUCACUUUCUCUUGGCCUCACCUCCCUUGACCUCUCUUAUAACUCCUUUACAGGAGAAAUUCCUCUGGGAAUUCAAAAUCUGUCUCAACUUUCUCUAUUGAAUCUACAAAACAACUCUCUGUCUGGACCCAUCCCUGACCUUAAAGUCCUGAGGCUAAAACAUUUGAAUAUAAGCUACAACCAUCUAAAUGGUUCUAUACCAUUUUCCCUCCAAAAGUUUCCAAAUGAUUCAUUCCUGGGAAACCCUCAAUUGUGUGGCCCACCUCUACCUCAAUGCUCUGCAGUUCUUCCUUCACCUUCACCAUUUUCUCCUUCCUUGUCACCUCCACCAGCACCCCACCAAAAUCAUAAAAAAAGCUCCAGGAAAAAUACUAGUGCUGGAUUUAUAAUUGCAAUUGUUGUUGGGGGAUUGGCCUUGCUGCUGCUUCUUUUAAUGGUUCUAUUUAUAUGUAUUUUAAGGAGGAAAGAUGAAGAAGGUAGUGGAGGAUCGAAGGAAAAGGGCUCCACCGUUGAAAAGCCUAAAGAGGAGUACAGUAGUGGAGUUCAAAUGGCUGAGAAGAAUAAGUUGGUUUUCUUGGAGGGCUGUGCAUAUAACUUUGACUUGGAAGAUCUGCUGAGAGCUUCUGCUGAAGUCCUUGGGAAGGGGAGUUAUGGAACAGCUUAUAAGGCUGUUCUUGAGGAUGGCACAACAGUGGUGGUGAAGAGGUUGAAGGAAGUAGUGGUGGGGAAGAGAGAGUUUGAACAGCAGAUGGAGAUCAUUGGAAGGGUCGGGCAACACCCAAAACUUGUUCCACUUCGUGCUUAUUACUACUCCAAAGAUGAAAAGCUUCUAGUCUAUGAUUAUGUUCCCACUGGCAGUUUCUCUACCCUCUUGCAUGGAAACGGGGGCGGCGAAAGGACACCGCUGGACUGGGACUCCAGAGUAAGAGUCAUACUUGGAACAGCACACGGCGUAGCACACAUUCAUUCUGAAGGCGGUCCAAAGUUUGUGCAUGGCAACAUCAAAUCCUCCAACAUCCUUCUCAGUCAAGACCUUAACCCAUUUGUCUCCGAUUAUGGCCUCUCUCCUCUUAUGAAUCCUCCUGCCACCCUCUCCCAGGUCGUGGUGGGCUACCGUGCACCUGAAACCGUGGAGACCCGAAAGGUCACUCAGAAAUCCGAUGUCUACAGCUUCGGGGUCCUCCUCCUCGAGAUGCUUACUGGGAAAGCUCCACUUCAAUCCCAGGGGCAUGAUGAUGUUGCUGAUCUACCAAGGUGGGUCCAAUCCGUGGUCCGGGAGGAGUGGACUGCUGAAGUUUUUGACGUGGAGCUGAUGAGGUAUCAGAACAUUGAGGAAGAGUUGGUUCGGAUGCUUCACAUUGCCAUGAGCUGCGUAGCGAGAACUCCAGAACAACGGCCAAGAAUGGAGGACGUUAUUAGGAUGAUUGAGGAGAUCCGGAAGUCCGGCUCAGAGAGCCGGCCAUCCUUACCUGGGGAUUCCAAUGUGCGAACAUUGUGAUUUGUGAGGGGUCGGAGAGUCACACGGCAUCAUCGCUUCUGGAUAUCAUUUUCAGGCAAUUGCUUUGAAUCAGUGUGGGAGUUUUGAGUUGCGCCAGGAUGCUCGAGUUUAUGCGUGCUGAGCUUUGAAGAGUGCCCGGAGCCUGUGCCAUCUUUCAUGCUUCGUGGUGGUGUGAAACUUUGGCACUAAUUCUUGCAUAAUUUGAUCUGUAUGUUUUAUCUUCUUGUAUCCAAGAAGGAAGAUUCUGGUAGUUUUAUAAAGAGAGAGGAGCAUGUUUAUACAAUUUCAUGGCAACUACUUUGAGAAA